UAUGUUGCGGCGCGUUUACAGCCUUUAUUACGGUAAAACAUGGCCGCUAACCCUGCCUCAAAGUGCUGCCAGCGAAGCUUGUUUGUUGGAUACAUCAUUACUUUACUUUGAGCUCUGGUGAGUGAUACUCAGGAUGAUAACUCCUGCCUUCGACCUGAGCCAGGAUCCGGAGUACCUGGUCCUAAGCAUCCGCGUGCCCUACACCAGAACCUCAGAGUUUGACCUUUACAUCGAUGGAACAGAUUUUAAAUUCUAUGCCAAACCUUACUUCCUCAGGUUAACUCUUCCUGGAAGGAUUGUGGAAGAUGGACGAGAAAAGGCAGCAUUUGACAUCAGUAAAGGUCUCUUCACACUAAAGGUUCCCAAGGAGACCACUGGAGAGCACUUUGAAGGUCUCCAGAUGUUGACAAGUCUCCUUGCACCGAAAGGCUCCUGUUCAGCAAAGCCCCUUGUAGAGGAAGUAAGUGCAGCCUGCAGUGGAAGUGCAGGAGAUGAUGAGGAAGAUGAAGAGUUUGACUGGCAGGUUGAGCAGAAGGUGCACACAGAGAGCUCAGACACAGAGCUGGGAAGCAUGCAGAAAUAUGGUUUUGGCAAUCAGAGGUCUGGAGUGUUUACCCGCCUGCAGGAGGAACUGAGUGACGUGGUUGAUAUCAAGAAUCCAGAAGAGGCCUCUGCAGCAGAGAGGAGGCAGGCGCGGCUGCAGGCAGAGACAUCUGCCUUCUCUCCUGAUCAUUACCUAGCCGAUUUGUUUGGCGAUGAUGAAAUUCAGCGGCUCCUGAUGUUUAAGCCAUGGUGGGUGGAGCUCAGUCCCUCCACGGACCAGGGUGGAGGAGCUGCUGCAUCCUUCACCAGCGAUGAGAAGGAACAGCUGAGGAAGUUCUGUAACCGCUCCUACCUACUGGACAAGACGUCGUGUUACCAAGUAUGGCUCAGCCUCGUGGACAUCCUGCUGGCUUAUUCCUAUGAAGCACGUUCUACAGAGGGCGAGCACCAUGUGGAGUCAGCAUGGACUCUCAGAAAACUCAGUGGCACUCUCUGCUGGCUGGAGACAUACAGCUCCUUGCAGGAGGUCCUGGUUUCAUUUGGACGGAGAGUUUUAUGCUAUCCGCUGUACAGACACUUUUCCAUGGUCUCUGCAGCUGUGUCUGACACAUCCCUGAUACUACAGUCAGGGAAGGUCUGUGUGCUGAAAUGCUUGCUCGAUAUUCACAGAGUCUUCAGAGAGAAUGACCCCGCCUACAUCCUGAACGACCUGUACAUCACAGAUUACUGCAUCUGGAUCCAGAGGGUCAAGUCCAGGAAGGUGACAUCCUUAGCCAGUGCAGUACAGAAAGCUUCCCUGCAGAAGAGAGACCUGGAGCUGGAGCUGGAGGAGCUUGAAGAGGCAGCCGCCAUGGUGGCAGAGGAGGAAGGAGAGCAGGGAGCGUCCAGCGAUUCCUCCAUAUCCCGUGACAGUGACAGCAGCAGCAGCGAUUCCAGCAGCAGCGACUCCAGCAGCAGCGAUUCCUCUGAUGAGAGCGAGGAAUAUGAGGCUGGUGGGCACGGCGCCGUGAAAUCCAACCAGGGAGGGGGAGCAGGAGGAGGAGAAAGGGAUAAUGACAGCACUCUCCAGGCCCUGCCCACCCACAUUGCCACGCCCACCCCCCAGGAGCAAGUGCAGAGGAAAGCAGACAGUCGCUCUGCACAUCCAGUGAGCUCCAGUCCACUGAUCCAGGAACUGGAGGAGCUCACAAUCUGUCAGCCUCAACGCUCACACUCCUGCUGCAAACCACAGACAGACCACGCCCACCCCGUCAGUGCUGCAGGACAGUCUGAAGAGUUAUCAACCAGCAGCAGUACAGACCAUGCCCACCCUGUCAGUACUGCAGGACAGUCUGAAGAGUUAUCAACCAGCAGCAGUACAGACAGCGCCCACCCCGCCAAUACUGCAGGACACGCCCACCCCGCCAGUACUGCAGGACAUGCCCACCCCGUCACUACUGCCUCCUCCUUCUUAGAACUGAGUCCUCGCAGAAACCUGUUGCUUCUUGUCCAGCCUGAGGAAGAUCUGGAUUAGAGAACUUGAUCAGUUGGGAGGAAGUGUGAGAAUCUUUUUUCCAGUUUUCCUUGUGGUAGGAAAACUUCUGCUGUGAACGUCCAUGGAGUAUCCGUGUGAUGAGGCCACAUCCUGAAUACGUGUUAUUUAACAACAACAAAAAACCAUCACUGUGGAAGAAACAGUGUGAACCUCUGAGGGCGCCACUGAGCUGUGACUAAUGAUCGUCAUUAUGAUGUUUUCAGUAGUUUUAUUCAUUAGGAAGAAAAAAAAUCAUUCCAGCAGUAAUUUAGUAAAAUAAAGUUUUAUAAUUAAACUGCAAAAUAUAAAAAAGGGCACGUGUGUACAUUCCUUGACGUGCACGGAGCCGGUCAAAGCUUCCACUCAGUGAUUUUAUCACACCAACGAGGAGGACAUGAUUAAAAGUAUGAUCUUAAUCCAAAAAAAGAGAAUCCAGGUUUCUGAGUGUUAAAUUCUGCAAAGUGACGUCCUUUAAACAAAUCUCUAGAAUGUGAUCCAAGUGAAA